GAUAUCUGAAACCUUUGCUGAUAUUCAACCACAAGCACCGACUCGAAAUUAAGCUCAAGGAGAUGGAUGGAGUGACAAUCUCCGAACAAUAACCAACCGAGAAGAAAAUAGGCUUCCCUGAUUGGAUAAACUUGAUGAAGCCCACCAAUGAGGAGAAAGAUCAUUGGAAUGUUGUUGUCUCGAGAUUGAAAUCUUGGAUCCAUAAAGUUGUAAAUGAAGAUUUAGAAGAAGAUGCUGCAAUAAAACUGACAAAAAACCGACAUUUGCUGAAGAAGCUGCUGCUGCUGCAAAAGCGGCAGCAGCAGCAGCAUCUGAUGUGGCACGUGCUAGCCAGGAGAUGUUGGCGUAAAAAACUGAAGAGAAGAAAUUCUAUGGGGAACUUCUGAAGGUAUAAGAAAUGAGUACGCUAGAUGUUGCGAGAACGGAACUUGCUCUACGUGUUUUGUAUUUGAACAAAGCUGAAGCCCGGGACAAGAUAUGCAAGGCAAUACAAUACGGUUCAAAUUUUGUAAGUAAUGGCAAGCCAGGAACUGCCCAAAAUGUUGACAAGUCAACUAGCUUGGCUACGAAAGUUUUCCGUCUUUUUAAGUUUGUCAAUGAUUUGCAUGCUCUUAUCAGUCCAACUGCUCCAGGAACUCCGCUUCCACUUGUUUUACUGGGGAAGUUGAAAAAUGCUUUAUUGUCGACUUUCUUGUUCCUUGACCAAAUUGUUUGGCUCCAUAGAUCAGGCAUCUAUAAGAACAAAGAGCGUGCAGAAAUAAUUGGCAGGGUAUCGGCGUAUCGCUCUUCUAAAAAAGGUUAGACUAAGAUGUGGAGUGAAAGUUGAGCUUGCCGACAUAGUACAUUGCCAGCCUUAAUCAUGCAUUAGCAUAUUGUCAUGAGAGGCAUGUUAUCCAUCGGGAUAUCAAGCCGGAGAACUUGUUGCUUGAUU